GUUUCUCUGAUCACUCUCUGUUUCUUUUAAACAACGAUGUGUGGAAUUUUUUGUUCAGUCGUGGACAAUGUUCACUCCUUCAAUAUUUCGACCGCGCUAAAAGGAAUUCUCAAAAACCGUGGACCUGAUGUGCAAGAUGAAAUGGUUAUCGAUUACGGUUUCGGAAAAAUUUUUUUUGCUGGCUGCGUGUUAUGGCAACAAGGUGAAAGCGUGCAAAAGCAACCUGUGGUGGAGGACGAUUUUAUAUUUCUUUUUAAUGGAGAUAUAUUCAAUACACAAAAGCGUGAAUCUAUAUCUGACACGACUUGGUUGGCAGAGAGACUUGCUGAAUGCCGAUGUGAAGAACAAAAUAUUUUGAAGAUGCUUAAGCGAUUGGAGGGACCACAUUGUUUGGUAAUUUAUAACAAACGAGAUCAAAUCCUUUAUUUCAGUCGCGACGCACUGGGAAGAAACUCAUUAAUUAUUGAACGCAUUCCAAAUGGAUUUCAAUUAUUGAGCACAUCACAUUUUGAAAGUGAAAAAAUAUCACUGGAAUUGCCCCCAUUGGGUCUUUAUCGAAUUAAACUAAAUGAUCUGACUUCAUGUGUAUUGCAUCCAUGGCAGCAUCUAAAUAAUUAUGCUACUCAACUUGUACGCAAUCUUGAUCUUGCGAUUGGGUGGAAAACUACAGUGGAAAGUCCAAUAUUGCCAGAUUGGAUAUUAAAUUGCAAACUCCAAUUUAGUUAUAACUUUUAUCACUUUCCUUACGUUAAGAAUAACGAGGACCUUUAUAAAAACUUAAUAGCUCAGCCAGAAAUAAAGAAAACUCUUUCUAUAAUUCAUACACUGCUAUCGGAUUCGAUAAAAAAUCGUGUUAAAAACACUGCUCCACUUUGCAGACUCUGUUUACAACAAUUAAAUAUAUCACUUGCAUGCAGACACGCCAAAUUGUGUAUUUUAUUUUCGGGUGGCAUAGACUGUACUAUUUUGGCCUUGUUGGCAAACCAAUAUGUACCAGUAAAUGAACCCAUCGAACUUAUUAAUGUAGCUUUCGAAAGCGUUAAGGGCCAAAAUAUAUCGGAGAAGCUAUGGGAUGUGCCAGAUCGAAUAACGUCAUUGGUGUCUGUUAAUGAACUUAAACAGCUUUGUCCCGAAAGGCGCUGGAAUCUGCUGGAAGUAAAUAUACGGUUUUAGACGAGAGUCUUGGAUGUGCCUUCUGGUUUGCUUCGCAUUGCUUUCAAUCUACUGCUAGAGUAGCACUUAUCGGAAGUGGGGCAGAUGAGCUAUUCGGAGGGUAUACCCGCUAUCGCAACAGUUUCAAGCGUUGCCUGGGCAA